GCACACGUGAAUUAUUAUUUUAGUAUUAAUAAUGAAUAUUUGUGCAAUCACGGAUACAUGUACCAUUUAAGAAGGGCUAUUGUUUUAUUUUUUAUCUCGUACCCUGUUAGAUCCGUACCCAUGUGUGUUUUAUUCGUACCCGUAAACAAUCUUCACAUUUCUUAAUGAACUUUUCAUUUACUACAAGUUUACAUCGAUUUCUAAUACCCUGUAUCUCGUGUAUAUUUAACUAAUCAACAGCCAUGAUGGUAAACAUGAAGUGUAGUGUGCACUACUAAUGUAUUUACUAUAAUAUCUACACACAUACCAUUGUAUUUAUUGAAAUUUUUAGAGAAUUCGGGGUCGCAAGAACUGGCGAACAGUGCCGGAAGAAAUUCCAAAAUUCAAAAGCUCUGUACAUAAAAAAGGUCGGAGAAAUGAGGCACCCAACAACAGGCGGUGGCGAUGCAGUUCAAUUCACAUCGUCGGAGGAGGUGCUUGCCUCCACGAUGCAAGGCCACCCUGUUGUUCAGGGCCUAACAGGGGGUGUAGACUCAGACGUUGUUGCAUCACAGACAAGGAUUUGGGCACUGGCAACCGGGAGCAAUCCGGAACAGAAAGCUUCUUCAUAUGCAUCACAAAGAAGUGAGAGUGCCAUAACAGCCAGCUGUGAAGAACACAAUGAUUCCGCAAGGAAUGUCAGUAAAGGCGUGAAGCGAAAAGAAGCAUUCAAAAAGAAGGCCGACAAAAGAUUGUCCAGCAAUGCAUUAACAACACUGACUACUGCAAACAUGGAAAAGGACAUUGAAAAGUUGAAUCUUGAAAUACACAAAUUAACUCUAGAAAUAGAAAAAAUCCAAAUGGAAAAAACAUUGCUGCAUUUAAAAAUAAAAAAUGAAGAACAAUAUUCCUUAUGUUUACAGGCAAAAACAUUAUACUAUAAUGGCAGAGUUUUAAACAGCAUGUAGAUAUUGUAUACCUCUCACCCAAACAGGUUUGGCAUACCGAGGAAAAUAAGAACCUAUCCACAUGUGCUUUUAUAACGGGUAUUCAAAUGAAACAUACAAAUGUGUUUAGGGUCAAUAUGUGACCAAGUGCUUUAAAUCCGACAUGCAAUAUAUUAAAUUUAUGCCCCUUUUUGUAUUAAAAUAAAAAAAUAUUGUUUUUUGUGCAACUACUCCAUUACUCUAUUUCUAAUAUAGAGAUAUGAUAAUGUGUCCUUUUGUUCUUAUAAAAUUCCAGUCAAUGAUUGUGUGCAUCGAAGAAAUGUUGGUUAAAUAUUAAUUGAUCAUUGUAUUAUGUUACUGAAAUAUAAAGUAGAUUCUAUAUUCAAAGAGGAAUAUUAGUUGAAUGCUUGGGACACUCGUUGAUAUUAUUUGCUGACAAGAUAUAAAUCAUUGAUAAUAAUAACAUUCGUCAUUCAAUGGACUGAAUGAAAUUCCAGAAUAAUCAUAGAUACAGUUAUGUGAAUUUAAAAUUAGUCAUCAACAUUUGAUAUACCUGUUAUUUUAAAAAGUUUUUUUUUACAACGUUCUACCCAUUGAAAUUUGAAAAACUCAUGAAUAUAAUAGACAGAUGAACAAAUUUUUGUUUUAUUAUAAAUUAUUUUAACAAAAAUUGAAUGCUUGUUUGCAUUUUUAUAUCCAUCAAUAAUGAAGAUGUGUUAAUGCGUGCUUUAACAAAGUUUUAUAAAAACAUGACAUUUAUUUAUUGCACAAUCACAUUUUUUAAUAACCAUAUUUAGCGUAUACGUUGUCUUUUGCAAGUUCACAUAUCCUUAAUAUGUUGUUCAGAAUUAUCCUAAAAAAAAUGCCCUGGUUAUGUAAUCCCUCAUUGCCCUCCCAUCCAUGUUAUCAUCAUCAUUGCCUUGAUUGUUGUUAACGGGCAAGAUGUGAUUUUCUUCUGGAAUCUCAUUCAGUUCAUUGUGAAUUAUUGCAAUGUUGUGUAGCACAAUGCAUGCACUUAUGAUUUUUACAGCCCUUUGUGGAUGUGUUCUGAUUUUCCUGAGUAUGCCAAACCUAUUUUUCAAAAUUCCAAAAGUUUGUUCUAUUGUUACUCUUGUUCUGCACAGGGAACGAUUGAAUUGCUCCUGAGCUUGAUUUGACGGUCUAAGGUAUGGUGUCAUUAAAUGUCGCGAGCAACCAUACCCACUGUCGCCAAUCAAUAGUCCAUCGUGUUGACCUUGAAAAUGUUAAUAUAAAGUUCAUUAAUUUUAUAACACUGGGUUUUUAAUUUGAUAUUAAAAUGUAUUUAAAGAUUAAAAUAUGUAACAGUUAUUAUUUCCACUUGUUAUACCCCAAUUAACAUUGGUAAUGGGGGCUAUAUAGGAGUCACUUUGUCGGUCAGUCUGUCUGUCCGGAAACUUGUUCAGGCCAUAACUAUGUCGUUCAUUGUGUGAUUUAAAAAUAAUCUGCACAUUUGUUUGCCAUCAUUGGACGGUGUAUAGUGCGAAAGAAUGACAUCGAUAUCUCAAAGGUAAAGGUCACACUUUGAGGUCAAAGGUCAAAAAUAGCCUUAAUGAGCUUGUCCAGGCCAUAACUA